AUGACUCGCCGCUUCUUUGUUGGAGGAAACUGGAAAAUGAAUGGCGAUUUCGCCUCAGUUGAUGGAAUCGUCGGAUUCCUCAACCAAUCCGGAGGAAAUUCGAAUGUCGACAUCAUCGUCGCACCACCAGCGCCGUACCUCGCCCAUGUCAAGAACACCGUCAAACACGACAUCAAAGUCGCUGCUCAAAACUGCUACAAGGUUCCAAAGGGCGCCUUCACUGGAGAAAUCUCGCCAGCGAUGAUCAAGGACCUCGGACUUGAGUGGGUUAUUCUUGGCCACUCGGAGAGACGCCACAUCUUCGGAGAAAGCGAUGCUUUGAUCGCCGAGAAGACUGUCCAUGCUUUGGAAUCUGGACUCAAGGUUAUCUUCUGCAUCGGAGAGAAAUUGGAAGAACGCGAGGCCGGCCACACCAAGGAUGUCAACUUCCGCCAACUCCAGGCCAUCGUUGACAAGAAGGUCGACUGGACCAACAUCGUCAUCGCUUACGAGCCUGUCUGGGCGAUCGGAACCGGAAAGACGGCAUCCCCGGAACAAGCUCAAGAGGUUCAUGACUGGAUCCGCCAAUUCCUCAAGGAGAAGGUCUCGCCGGCUGUCGCUGAGUCGACCAGAAUCAUCUACGGUGGAUCGGUGACGGCCGACAACGCUGCCGAGCUCGGAAAGAAGCCGGACAUUGACGGAUUCCUUGUCGGUGGAGCUUCGUUGAAGCCAGACUUUGUGAAGAUCAUCAACGCUCGCAGCUAA